AACAAACAAACAAAAAAAAGCCAAACCAAAAAUACUUCAAAACCAAAAAUCUAAAACCAAAAUCAUCAAAAACAAACCUUCAGUCAGUCAAGUCAGUCAAUCAUUGAGUCAUUCAGUGAAACACAGGAGUCAAUCGUAGCUGUCAAUCCCACACAUCAAUCAUGCUUAAGAUACACAUGCUCGAGCAGGUCGUCAACACGGAGAACGUCUGCGAGAAUGCCCAGGAGCUAUCACCAAAGCGGAAGGUGCCACACGGCAUCGCCAGUGGCGGCAUGUCUGGUGGCAUUGGUGGCAUUGGUGGCAUCGGUGGCAGUUCCUCUUCGAAUGGUGGCAGCGCCAAGAGCACACCCACUGUCUCUGCCACAUCGUCGCCGCAUCACCAGCCGACGCCGCCGCAGCGGCAUAUACAUGUAACGGCCGGCGGUGGCAGUGGGAAGAGCGUCAGCCAGGGAUCAUCGCCAGCAGGGCGUCAGCAUGCCUUCAUGGGCAACACACAGAAGCAGCAGCCAACUGCUGGAGGCAGUGGCGGUGGCAGCGUCACCCACAGUCCGGAACGUUUGCGCGGUGCCACACAGGAUCUGUUUGAGCUUCUGGAGCGUGUGCAGUGCUCGCGUCUGGAUGACCAGCGAUGCGUUCUGCCCGCAUAUUUCUCUCAGAACCAUCAUCGCGGCAGUAAUGCCACCAGCGAGGAGCGUGUACCACAGCCGCAUUCCCCACACGACAGUCACGUGGCACACAACGGCGGCGGCGGUGGUGGUGGCUUGCAGCACUCCGGAUCGCGUGCCACACUGCGACAUUCGAUGAACCACUCGAGCACCUCUGUGUCCGGAUCGGCCUGCAGCUCGACCCCCGCCUCGCCGCAGCUGAGUGGCAUGGUGAGUGCCACGGGCGGGCAGCUGCUGUCCAACGGACACCACUAUCUGUCACAGUCAUCGGUGAGCUCGAAUUCGUCGAUUGUUUCGGCCAUACCCGCCUCACAGCGACUGCUGGAGGAUGCGCUGGCCAAGGCGGCGCCCUAUCCGAUGAUCCUGCUGCCGCUGCACGGCGGCUACUGGAUGGACGGCACCGAGCACGAGUGCAGCUACGAUGCCCGGGGCAAUCCGCUGCUGCCGCAGACCACAUGGAUGGCCAAGUUCGAGACGGACGACACGGCCAAGUGCUAUCGCCGGUUCUAUGCGGCGCGCGAGCACUCGAAUCUGGUGGGGCAGGACGAGCAACUGGGGCCGGUGCUCAUCUCCAUCAAGACGGAGAAUGUGGCCAAUCAGGAGCACAUGCGCAUACUGUUGCGCCUGCGCACCGGCACCAUGCACGAGCUCAUUCCGGUGUCGUGUUUGGGCGCCCAGCCGAGUCCCGCGAAGAUGGUGCGGCUGCUGAACGAACAGAUCCAGGUGGAUAGCUUCAUGCCGGUGCUGUGCCCCAAGGCCUCCAAUCUGAUCAGCGUCUACGACGAGCAUGUGCUCGUCUCGCACUUCAAGUUCGGGGUGCUGUACCAAAGAUACGGCCAGACGACCGAGGAGGAGCUGUUCGGCAACCAGCAGACAUCGCCGGCAUUCGAUGAGUUCCUGGACGUGCUCGGCCAGCGCAUUCGCUUGAAGGAUCACAAGGGCUAUCGCGGCGGACUGGACAUACAGAAUGGACACACCGGCGACACGGCCGUCUAUGAGGUGUUCAAGGAGCGUGAGGUGAUGUUCCAUGUGUCCACGCUGCUGCCUCACACGGAGGCGGAUCCGCAGCAGCUGCAGCGCAAGCGGCACAUUGGCAACGACAUUGUGGCGAUUGUGUUCCAGGAGACGAACACACCCUUCUCCCCGGACAUGAUCGCCAGUCACUUUCUGCACGCGUUCAUUGUGGUGCAGCCGCUGGAGCCGAAUACACCGCACACCCGCUACAAGGUGAGCGUGACGGCCCGCGAUGAUGUGCCCUUCUUUGGGCCCACACUGCCCAAUCCGGCUGUCUUCCGCAAGGGGCAGGAGUUCAAGGAGUUCAUACUCACGAAGCUGAUCAAUGCGGAGAACGCGUGCUACAAGGCCGAGAAGUUUGCCAAGCUGGAGCUGCGCACGCGCACCUCACUGCUGCAGAAUCUCGUCGAGGAGCUGCGCGAGAAGACGCGCGAUUUCCUGGGCGCCGAUCUCUCGCAGGCGGCAACGGCCAGCAGUCCCACGCCAGAGACACCCAAGGCGGAGAGCGGCAGUGGCGGCGGCGGCAAUGCGGGCAGUCGCUUCAUAGACACCGUCAAGAAGGCGCUGAUCAUGCGCGUGCGCUCCCAGAGCGUGGACACGGGCAACGGGCAGGACAAGUUCAGUGUCAACACAAAGCUGGGCACACUCAACGCCAAGAAGGAGCCACAGCCCGAAAUGCAGACACCCAAUUUGAAUAGCUGCAGUCGCACCGCCUCGAAAUCUUCAUCGAAAUCAAAAUCCUCGAAUGAAUCCACCUCCUCGUCGCCGGACAUUACCUCGCGACAGGCCACAGUCAACAACAACAACAACAUCAACAAUGGCAGCGGCUCCAAUGGCGGCGUCUUGCAUCCGCAAAACGGCAGCGCAGUUGGUGGAGGAGUGGCAGCUGCUGCUGUGAGUGCCGCACAGAACGGUGGCGUGGGCGUGGGCGUGGGUGUGGCGGUGGCCACAAUGUCAGAGACGAGCGAUGAUUCCAGUUUGAAUAGCGUGGAUCUGGAUCCAAUGAUGGGGCAUCUGGAUGGCGGUGCCACCUACAUUGACAGCGAUACGGGGCUGGAGAGCAUGAGCUCGGCGGAGGCCACCACCAAGGCCUGUUCGCUGUGCCUCGACGGGGUGCAGGCCACCAUGAUGGGCAGCUCACCGAGCAAUGAGACGAUCGUCAAGAUUGAGAAUCUGCGGCAGGAGGUGACGCGACUCAAGUGCGAUAAAUUGGAUCUGCUGCGUCAGAAUGUGACCUGUCAGCGCGACAUUAAGCGACUCCGAGAGAGGGAACUUUCGCUGCAGGGCGAUUUGGCGGCUGCCGGACGGGAGAUUCUGCGGCUGCGUGAUUUGGUCAAGGAAUAUAUGCCGGACACAGCCACUGCAUCGCUCUCCACCGCUCUAUCGCCCAUCUAAAAGCGUUAAACGUAACAGAGAACGAUACAAAGAGAGAGAAAAAAGGAGAGCGAGUCAAAGUAGAGAGAGAGGAGUAACCACUGUGCCGUGUAUAACACUUUGGAGAGAAGGGAAAGGAAGCGAUGGCUGAUCGUUUCGCAGGAGUUGUUAAAUGCAUUCAUUGUAGCCGUAGCACCAGCCCCCCCACGUAGAACGAAUGAAAAGAUAAACUGUAUUAUAUUUAGUUUAGAUGUGAGAGUAAGAAAGGAAGGAGGAAGUAGACGAAGAAGGAUCGCUGCAGGACAAGCAUGGACAAGAGUUAUUCAAAUCGUUAGAAUAUAUAUAUAAUCAUAUUAUAUAUGUGUAACAGUUACAAACUAAACUAAAAGAAAAGAAAAACCAGCAAAAGCAAAAAACAGAACACAAAACUCAAAAAAGUACACCAAAUAUAUAAUAUAAGUCAUUAAGCAUAUUUAACGCAUGGAUUAACACAAAACAAAAACAAAAACAUAAACAUAAACAAAACCAAACCCCAAAACAAAAACAAAAACGCCCCAAAAAAUAUAUAGAAAGCGAUCAAUCACAAAGCAUCACAACGAUAAAUCGAUAUCGAUAACCAAACACAUGAUAAUCACAUACAAACACACGUAGCAAUGUUUUGAGGUUUACAAAACCAUUACGCGGUUCGUUAGUCGCACUCGAAUACCGGAAUCACAGCUCGCUGUGACUUCUGUGACUGUUACUGUGACUCUCGUUAUCACACAUUCACGUAGCACCACCCCCAAAACCCCCAAAACACCCAACACCAACCCACCCCAAAUAUCCCAUAUAUAUCCACCCCAUAUGCGAAUAUAUUGAAGAGAAGACAAUUAUAUGAUCGAUAUGAUUUUUAGCGCUCGAUGCUCGAUAAUUUUAAACUGCAAUCGAUAAACAAAGAUAAAAACAAAAAACACACACACACACAGAAAACCGAACACUCUUAACCAUAAGUUUAAGUUGCUUUAAAUACUUUUACCUUAAACUAUGUUUAAUUAUUUAAGUUUAAUCGAAACCAACAAACCCCCCCCCCCCUUACAUCGAUGAAUGAUCGAUGACUCAAGAGAAUAUUCAGCAUUCAAAUGUACAUAUACUUUAUAGAGAGGAGGAGCGGAGCGUAUAGUUCUAUCGAAAUUAACUAUGACUAUUUUAUUUUCUAAUCGAUUAACGAUACUACCGAUACCAAUACCAAUACCGAUAACCACUAAGUACGCAGAUAUGUAGAUGCGAUCGAUUCCCAUAUAUAAAAAAAAGAAAUCAAAUGAUACAAAAGUAGAGAACAAACGUUGCACGCAAACAAAUUUGUCUUUGAAAUCUUCUAAAUUUUAAGUUCGAUUAAUGCGAAUAAUUGUUUUUGUUGAGAUGAUCCAUUAUCAUUUUUAUUGUGUAAAGUAUAAAAACAACCAACAAAUAUAUAUGCAAAAUAUAUGGAAUAUAUAUAUA